GCCUGGAAAGGCAUAAGCAAGGACUUUAAGUGAUUUAAAGAGUAGAUCACAAGUCAAACAGAAAUAGGAGUAACUCGGUCUGUUUGACCUUCUGGAGCUACCAAAUCCUGAAUCUAUGGGAGUACACAACGACAUGUCAUUUGCCUGCCAGUCUGCCGAAACGAACAGGCAAAUAACAAGAGCGCAAAAGAUGAUAGGCUGUUGACAGCGGCGUAUAAAGGCCUUUGUCAGCCUGUCAGACGCUCUCUUAGGCCCAUGCGCUUGUUUUGUUUACGUAUUUUUUCUUCCGCUUGCAGAUAUUACCUUGGACAUUUUCUGGCUAGGGAAAACGGGGAAAAGCCCGAAAAUGAGGUCGAAUCGGCUGACCCGAUCUUGCGUGAUUUACAGCGAAUGAUAGACUGGAAACGCUUUGCCGAACCUGUCUACGAGGUUGCUAUAACUCCGUGCUCCGGGGGCGAUUUUACUGUAUCGACGGGCUUUACUCUUUGAGAAGGAUAAUUCCUGUGGCAAACUUUAAUGACAUCUCCGGUCUAUUAACUUUGGGCCAAAAGUGACAAAAAACUAGUCCGGUAUAGCACGUUGCGCAAAAUAUUGCAAAACGGUCUCCAACGCCCAAAAUUAAAGAUUUUUCUAGCAAUUUUCUUCCCAGAGUCAUUCAAUUUGGGCCCUGACAGCUGUUCACUGACAAGCUCCAGAUCACACGCAUUGAAACAGACCUGCUGAAGAAGACUUAUUCCCGCAGACUGCUAUGAGGAGCCAUGUUUUUUCUUAAGAUAUUGAUUGUAAGCGGCCUACGCAAAGUCGGCCCUCACGCAAGGCAAGUGACUACUCUUCAAUGGACGCCGAAGUUGACAAUCCACUACUCAAAGCAGAAAGGCAUAAACUGUUGCGCACGUAAAUAUACUAGCUCCGGAAUUUUUAUAAAAGCCAGUGAUACAAUCUUUAUUCGAUGGCCACUAUCAAUAGGCAAAUUGAGAUCAAAACGAAAUAUUAUUUAACUGUUUGUUCCUUUGUAUGCCCGCCACCUCAUGGAAACCCUGCAACGUCCAAAAAUCGAUUUCACAAGGAGAUAUAUGGUGGACCUUAGAAGAAUGCUAACGUAUAUUAAGCUCCUGAUCUAAAUGUGCUUUCAAUUAGAAAGGAUUUGUUUACCAUUUCUGCAAUGUUUCAAAAGGGUCAGAAACGCGAAUCAAAAGCGAUAAAUGUUCGUUAAAAAUCGUUAUAAGGAUCCAGCAUGUUUUUAUGUCGGAGGAAUUUACUUACGCGGAAAAAGGCUUUUGUGAAUGGGGACUAAAGACAGGCGCAGUUGACUUUUUUGGAAGUCCAUUAUGCAGCAUGUAUCUUGAAAGGCCUGUACUUAGUCGUCUAUUGUAUUUAGAAAGAACUAACUGGGACUACAUUAUCUAUAACAACUUUGAAAAGUCAUCUACGAUUCGAAAACUAACGUUUUCACUAAUCAUGAAUAAUUCUGCACAAUUAUUUGAAAAGGAGGAUCCCAAGAUAGUUCAAAACGUCGCCCCCAAUAUUUCAGACUUGCUGGAGCUUUUUAAUAGGGAACAUUAGGAAAAACAGGCAACCGCGAUCCGUUAAUCUGUAUAAUGAAUAAGGGGCCUGAAACGUGGAAAAUUUAUUAAAUCGGAAAUUUUGGCACUCCUACCUCAUAUUCUAAAAAGACGCUCGAACCUCCGAAAUAAGCACAGAAUACGCAGUUUUACUUGUGUUUUUUAAAGCGUGCAUAUCUCACAUCACACUCAACGUUGUGUUAGGCGUGCACAAUAGAUAUCUUGGGUUUUCAAGCAGUUAUCAAUAUACUUUUUAAAACGUUAAGCUGUUUCCUGCAGAUUUAUAUAGAAUAAGCGGACCUGAACAAGUUUUUUAAUGUGUAAUCCUAUAUUUUUACCCUGGGCAUAUUCUGAAAAUUUGAACUAGCGGAAGUAUGACUGUUUGAAAUCUCGGGAAAGUAUUUUGUUUCUUUGUUUGUCGACGUUUUCCCAGUUACGCACUCUAACAUCUCAAGAACUAAUUGGGAAGUAACGUGGUUAACUCCAGAGCUGUGGAAAUCAUUUGAAUUUCCAGACAUUUUUCUUGACUUAAAUACGUUUCGUUCAAGGCCUUAUUCUUCUUAUAAGCAUAAUUAACAACAAAUGCUACCUGCGGGUUUUCGUAUUCAGCAAGUUAUCCUAGUGUCCUGCAAUAUACAGAGAACAAAAACAACAAAUGACAAAUAAUUACUUAUAUAAAAGUUUGCAACAUAUCGCAGUAACACGAUUUUGUAAUAAAAACUACAUGAUGCUGUGAAUAACAAUCAUCAGACAGUCUGUAGUAUACAUGCGCUGUAUAUAUGUAUUUAAGGUUGUAAAGACUAAUAUUUACCGAAGAAGGGUGAGUGUUUUAAGCAUGUGUGACCCGUCUGAUCAGUUGGGCACAGUAUUCCAAGGUUGGGAGUGCGGGGAAACGAAGUUAUGCGUGAAAUAUGAACUUUUGUAAGCAAGAAGUCGAGCAAAAGCCCCUGAUAUUAAACCUUAAUCGUGAUUUUGACAAUGAUCCUACACUUUCCAGCUCUUUUAUUCGCUUCACGGCCCCACAAUGAACGAAAAUGAGUGCUACAGACAAGACAAAAAACAGAUAACGGUCGAUUGUUGAUGGCAGUGGCUGACCCCACGAACGUGCGUAUCUUGUUCGAACGUAAACACCUUAACCGUCCACCGCGCGCCCCACAGCAUGGUGGCGCAGGCACAUUGACUGGGCCUCGGAUGUGAACUCGGUCAAUCGAUUUAUCGAUCUGGCGCCGGCGUACAGAGCCCUUCGUAGUCACCCCCAGUCGUGCGACGUCGGUCGAUGAUUGGGUCUACGUGCCUUAUAACUGCCGCUUGUCCUGUUUUUGCCACUACCUCUCACGAUGGACUCCUGUACGAGUCUGAAAGCUCAGGAUAAUAAACGAAUUGUUCCGGUGCUCGACUCUUCUUCUUCUUCAAAUAUGUAUACACCUGGAACUCGAAAUUUCGCCUUCAUUCGCACAUUGACUUGCGCACGAUUAAGUUUAUGAUGAUGAUCGGUUUGUGCCGCAUCUACCGCGCUCCCUCCUCCUCUCCCACCUGAAUCCGGAGUGAUGACAGAGCCAAGAAGGCCGAAGGCGGGAGAGGGCGCAGGUGGUUAGCACUGAGAAACCCCGCACCUAGGCGUACCGCCAUACCUCCUGGUCCACAACAUGCACCGACUAGGAUUUUAUGCCACAACACAAGUAAGGCGAGCUAGUGGCGCGGAUCUCAGCUGGCGCAGAGUAGACCGGCAACUCUUCGCGCCAUCACACCCCAACGUUGGCAUUUUAUAAGGGACUGCAUUGUCGAUAAUGCCUGUCGGACAACGAUCUAGUCCCUGUGUUGGUCUAGCACACUGUCACGACACUCUUGGAAUAUCAAGUAAAAGUCUUAAUUAUGCUCUGGCUCAACACCACAGAUGUUGAAACAUAAGUUUGAGCGACAGUUACUUUGCUAGCCCUCAAUAGAGAACAGAAUCCCUCUGCGCUGACCUCUUCCCACAAAACACGUACUAGAAAGUGUGCAACAUGUUUGAACAUUUGAGGUCUAUCUUGAGGUCAAGGGUAGCAAGGGUAGUACUUUUUGGUCAGUAUUUAAGUUAGUGUUUGUAAAUAGUGUCUGAAAAUAGUGUCUCAUUUGUCCGUCGGAUGCUGAGAAAAGUUGAGUCAUACCCUACUGGGUGCUGAGUAUAGUCAGAGCCCUUGACAAGCGUAGGGGAGAGGCGUAAGAAGCUUAAAGAAACUGGACUGAAACUGGGUUGGACAGUGUCAUCCGGCUUACAAGAGUCACUUGUGAAGGUGGCAGCUCCCCGUUUCUAAGUGCUCGCAUGCUAAAACAGGGCGACGGACGUCUCAAAACAGUGUACGUGGGAACAACUCUAGUGCCGACAUUGUCCUCAGCCCGGAAAAGCAGCCGAGUAACAGCCCUCUGACACCGCUUCCUUCAAAACUUCUAUAAGAAUAGUUUGUUGGAGAGAUGAUUGAAGGCCGUAGACCGUUUAUUUCGAUCUAACAAAUGCAGGCGAGCGACGAAAUGAAAUUCAGAGAUGCAAUAUGGUGAGGACUAUGCGGAACAAAUAAAUCACAGCGUGAUUAUUCACAGCGCCAUCACCCAACGCAUCCGAAAUGCGGGGAAUAAAGUUAUAUACAGCCGUCCACGCGCAAUUCGUUUUUGCGUACAGUUUGUUCGUUCUGGUCGACAUGUUGCAACUCGCAUAAAUUAGCACAAUCCGCUCAGUCAUCAGUUUUGCUCACACGCACAUGUACACGAGUUUGCCCUUCCCACUGGGAAGCCACUGAGGCUGUCACCAUGGCCACUAACGGACACUCGUGAGAACUUCUCAAGGUUUGGCUUUCCAAAGCAGGCGGCAUGAAUCGCAACGUUGAGCAUGAAGACUUGUGAGCAGACCUGGUUGGUCCUCCACGGUCACCGUAAAAGAGCAACAGGAAUUGGCCUCUAUCCGGACGUCUGUUUACUCCAUAGCCCAUUGUUAAUUGCGCACCUGUCGACCUCUACUCGUUUUCGCUUUCUUCUUGCCGACUGCUGAUACACACAACUAAAUGAUAACGAAAGUUGGUCCGUGGCCAGCCUACUGUCUGCACACUGAAUCGUCAUUGCCCCUGCGUCUCCUGGUCUGCACCUUUAGCCCUCGCCCGCUUUCUCCAUACGCACUCCCACUAGCAUUCACGACGCGUGUAAACGUGCGACCUUUAAUGUUUAUUUCGUCUGAUAAUGGGAGCCUACUUUGGCAACUGGAGAUGCAUGCAUUUUUCACGUGAAAGUAGGCGUUAGCCUCAAGGGUCAUUGAUACUAUAUGACCCGCCAUUACGCCCUGUCGAUGAAGACAAGUCAGGAGCAUAUUUACACUCGCACCCCAAAAUCUGGACUGUGAUACUUACUCUGCCAAGGACGUUGCUUCUUACAGAGGAUCCGGAGUGUACGAUGAGGUCAGAAGGACAGUCGCGAGAAUACCAGACACCUGGAAGCACGCAGAUGAGAGAUCAUUGCGAAGCAAGUUUCAAGGUGUUCCGCACUUCAGGAUCUGUUAUGGCUGGCUGACGACGGCUAAUAUGGCAGAAAGGGCCAUUCCAGUCUCUGCUGUCUUUGCCGGUAAUGCCAUUCUACGUAUAUCAUACGCUGAUGUGCGGCUGUUGGUUGGGCUUGAGAGAAAAAGAGCUCCAAGACACAACUGGGCGAGUGAGUUCUGAAAAACAUCACCGAUGAUCGUCCCUCUACUAUUAUAUAUAGGCAGGAUGGUAUUAUCGACAAAGACAAGGGAGGCUGGAAUGGCCAUUUCUGGCUUAUUAGCCGUCGUCAGCCAGCCAUACCCAAGCCCGAAGUGUGGAACACCCGAGCCUCGAACUCGCGACCUGUUGGUUUAGAAGUCCACGCCUCUACUCGGGUGUUGCACACUUCGGGCUGAGGUAUGGCUGGCUGACGACGGCUAAUAAGCCAGAAAUGGCCAUUCCAGUCUCUGCUGUCUUUGUCGGUAAUGCCAUUCUGCGUAUAUCAUGCGCUGCUGUGCGGCUGCUGCUUGGGCUCGAGAGAGAGAGUCCAUAAGGCACAACGGAACGAGUGAGUUCCGUAUGAACGAUCGGUGAGCGCCCCCUACCACUAUUAUAUAUAUAUAUAUCCUAGCAUUCUCUACGCAGCAGCUUACGACCAGUCUAGACUGGAGCCCCAUUGGAAAACUUCAAAAACUAUAAACUUUAAUGCAAUUGGAUCAAUAAUCGCCUCGUCUUCGCUAUGCUGAUGCAACCCGCAAUGUCCCGUUGCCGCCUAAGGACAUGUUUGAAUCUGUUUGCUAUACUGACUGUCAUGAUUUUUUGACCAACUACCGCGCAAUUACCAAAAAAUUUUUCUCUCAACGCCGUUCCCGAGUGCGCUCUCACCGUUAGGCGCGGAGGCCCAUAGCCGCUAUGCAGGUUAAUAAACACGUGGGAAACAGGCCGGUACGAGAAUUAAUCGAAUCUCAGCACUCUAGCGACCACUUUAGUAGCCCCAGAUUCGGCCGGGCGCCAGCCUUUGAAUGACAUUUGGAGGGCCAGACGCUAGGUGGCACGCCUUUACUGCCUGCCAAAUUAUCCAAGCCGGGAGCGUUUCCACGCUCGUCGAUGGGAGAUCCUUGCGAAGCGAGAGGCAUUCUCCUACGCUUAAUUGAAAGUCCUUCACCGAUGCUUUGACGAGAACGUCUCACUUAAAUAAUUCGGAAAUAAACAGCCUUUGAACACUGACCCAUGUCAAGAAGAGAAUAAUAUGGGCACUGAUAUAAGAUGACGCCGCAGAAUAAUACCAUAACAUUGACAUUUUGCCAGCGCACGAGCUAGAAGAGGUGUGCAAACAGGGCAUGCAGUAACAUGCGUCGUCUUUUUCUCAUCUGACGCAGAACCUGUCUGCCGUACUGCCGGCAGUACGCCUUAUUUGUUGAAUGGGUGGUACAUGGUUAUUUGGAAGUGUUGGUUGUACCAACUUAAGUGUUCGUCGAUAACAAAUUCUCGUCUCAGACAAUAAAUGCCAUGUCUUUCACCUAGCAAUUUCCAGAUUUUGUAGCCUUUUGUGUAUGUAGCUAUAUCGAAGGAAAUAAGUCCUCUGGAAAAGACAACAGAGUUUAUUUUGCAAAUUUUUGACUCUAAUUCUACAGGCCGUCUUCAGAUAUGAAGCAAGUGUACACAAUAUUUAGGGUAUAAACCUACUAAAAUCGAUAUUGCACUGUCAGUUCUUCAAGUUGGCAUAACGUUCUGAUUGGCUAUCGACUGUUCUAUUUUUAUUUGAGGUUGCUGUAGACGGUUUCUGAUUUAGUGUGCCUAUUUUCCAGUUUAUAUACAUACAAAUGCCAGAAGUACAUUUACCAGUCAGGUUACGGGACACGCUCGUCUUGUUAUGCUGUUUGUCUUGUGGCGAAACAAGUAAGCUGAAUAUUGUUCGAACCCUGCAAAUAACUAAAACUGUGGUUUUAGGGUUAACUUGAAUGUUCGGCCGUCGCGUCCGGCGAUGAUCAAGGUGGAGCGGACACGGUGACUUGCGCGUGAUUUGGUUUAUUGUUAGAGUAUACUUGCGCAGCAUCUACCGCACUCUCUCCUCCCCCACUUGAGCCCGAUUUUAAGACAUAGGCAAAAUGACCAUCGGCGAAAGAGGGCUCAGGUGGCUGGCGUGACCGAGCCCGCGCCUAGGCACACCUCCACACCCCCUGGUUCACAACAAAUACUUGACCAGAAUAUUGACCGACAGCAAAAUUGCAUCAGAAAGAGGCGGGGAUGGCACAAGUUACUGGGUAACCAUGCACACAGCCCGUAUACACAGCGAGAGCGCUAGGGAAUCUACCGGCAGGGAUCCAGGGGCUAGAGAACUGCCGGUGCGCACAAAGCUGCGAGGGCCAUGGUUUGCUGAUCAUGGCGCAGCAGAAGCUCACAAUCCUUAAACCCCAGAAGUGUUGGAGGCAGCCCUUCAUUUAACCAGGGUCGUUACCCUCCAGAGGCCGAGUAAUCGACUGAGAUGCACUACCCAUAUAGGAUUCGUUAAAAAGCGUAGACAUGGCAUCUUCGCCACAAUAAACGGAACACAUAACUAGGAGGGACGGAUGUGUAGGGCUUGGCUUGUUUUGCACUCAAACUGGGGAGCGAGCUACUGGUAAAUUUCAAACAGACGAUAAUCACUGUUUCCGACGUCCUUGCAGUCAUUCGUCAGUCAUGCCCGAACAGGGCCAAGGAGUUGCAGGACUCUUUGGUCAUUAAGCGUCAAACGCUCAGCCAUUGAGAUACUAGCGCGCCGAUCUGUAGGUUGUCUUAUAAUCAAAAGAGCCGGUUUCAAACCGCCAGAUUGUCGGCAUACUCGGGAUCGAAUACUGACCGGUGGAUAAUGGCAUAUAAUUCCUAAAUGGCCAUUCCAGUCUCCCACAUGCUCGCCAGUCAAUCUCCCCGAUUGCUGACUUUUCGUCACCAUUCUACUCAUUAUCAGGGCUCUGGACUGGGGUUAAACGACCUUACAUUUAGGACAGACGAUUGAGAGCCAGGCGCAUGCACCUUCAGUGAACCAUGCAUGGAACAGCUGGCCGCUGUCCCAGGAUGACAACCACCCACGUUUUUCAGGGUUUAGGGGAUGGCAGCGGAGCUAGGCGGUACGAGGUACCGGUCAUCAAUCAGGUUACGGAACAUGCUCGUCCCUUUGGGCCUUGUGACUUAAUCCACAGUUCAACCGUCGUGGUCGAAGAUGUCCAUCGUGUACUCCGCAACGAGGUGAAACAGGACCGGUGAAUUUCGCGUGACUUAGUUGGUAGUGAUAGCUGACUUGCGCAACAUCUACCGCACUCUCUCCUCCACUUUCACCCCGUGUCAAGAUGGAGUCAAAAAAGCCGGAGGCGGGAAAGGGCGCAGGUGGAUGGCACGGUCGAGACCUCAUCUUGGCGUUCCACUCCACACACGCCCUGGUUGACGUCUGCCGAAAAUUGGGUUCGCAACCGCACCCCGAAAUGUUGACAUUUGUCGUGGUGCGCAUUCCAUUAACGUCCGUCAGGAUCUGUGCUGGUCCAGCGCAUCUACCAGGCAUCUACGGGCGGCCGGAUAGCGGACAGCAUUGAUGCCUGUCCCGUUACCCCCUCCCCCAGUUAAGGGCUCCGUGGCUCAGUGGUAGAGCAAUGAUCUAAAAACGCUUAUCGGCCUAGGAAUUCGGGCUCGAAUCCCAAGUCGUGCUAAACUGCGGUUGGGUAUGACUGAGUAAAGAGUUCACCAAUAAGGCCGAAAUGGCCAUUCCAAUUUCUUUUUUUCUUGUCAGCAGGCCUGUUAAACAUUCGUUGUGGGAAAUGAUCAGGAAGAACGGGGCUUUCGAAUCCGACUCGUAUUCAGUACUAAGCCUAAUGUCCUACCAGUUUAUUGCAAGUUCGGCAUGCCUGAUCUGAGUUAUGGCUGACCGAUGGUUAAAAUUAAGUCAGUAAUAGUCAUUUUAGACUGUGCAGUCUUUGAAGUUCAUAGGUAUCAGAGAGAUAAUGCUUGAAAAUCUACAGACUUAACGCCUGAACAGCGAGAGGUAGGCUUAAGAGGGAGAUCCGCGCGCAACACGAGACGCCCGUUUAUGUAAACUGCACGCACACCAUUCAAUGUCUGAAUUAUUCACACCGGAUGAAUAAAGACCUCACCCAUGCAAAAGGCAGGCGCACCAGUCAUAGCCCUCGUUUGAACAAGCAGCCCUUUUGCAAGCAGUAGAACAUUUGGUUAGUUAGCCAUAGCUAGUCGCCUGUUAUAGAGAGACGGGGAAUGAUAAUUGUGCGUUGGCUAGACACAAGGUUUUCACGGCCAUUUGCAGCGAGAGAGCAAAUAAACGAGAACCAACUGCACAUCAAGUUUUUUGAGAAAAUCUCGCUUUGCGAACUCCAAAUUUUCAACCCCUCGAAAAUUCCUUAGUCAGAAUUACUCAUUUGACCUUGUGCUGACUGUCACCAACGUUCGCACAAUUUAAUAUGACAGCCAGGGCUUUCUCCAACUAGGAAGCGGCUUGAAUUGGGCUUCCAACGAACUCUGGACAGCCAGAACUCUCUAAAGAGCACAGAGCGUCCGGAUUGGUUGGACGUGCUCGCACGCACGCACGCACGCGCUGAGUGCAACCAAUCAUCACUUGACUUCCAGGGACGUCGGCACACCGAACCGGAUUAGGCACGUCAACCUAACAAUAGCUGGCUACGGACGUGUCUGUGUGUGUGCGUUUAAGUGUUAAGCCUGUCUGUGUGUUUCACGUUCUGCCGUAGUCAGCGGGUUCAGUCCGUUUGACAGGCGUGUUUAAACUAGCGCACGAGACGUACUUCCGCGGUCGGGAAGACCCUAGGGACCUGUUUAGACCGUUUAUCCGCUGGAUCUUACCGCAAACCCGUCAGGUAAGGUCUCUGGUGAUAAUCAUCUCAAUUCUAUUUUCUCUUGAAUCCAACAAUGCCCUCCUGUUAUGACAUUGGGUAGGGGUGAGACUAGGCUGACAUCUGUAGGCGACAUCUGUAAAAUCUAACACUGAGGAAAACUUCAGAACGCAUCCGUCACAGAGUCGUCUUUCUUGCGUAGUCGAGGAGGAUAACCGUUAGUUGUGAGUAACUGCUUGGCCUAACCCCUAUUCUUUAACAUUUUUCCUUGCAUGCAAUAAAAGUGCCUUCGGACGUGACUCUAGAGUAUUUAAAAGCGUUGAUUUUCCCGUAGAGAGGCGAUGCCAGCCCCCACUAUUUGAAGGAGCAUUUUUGAACUCCGAACUGUUAAAGCAGUUAGUUAAAUUCGACUGAAUCUCCCUGGUGUCCAAAUAUAAUAAUAUUUUUUUAGUAAAGACCCCUCGGGAUCCCAUCAAAGCACAACACAAAUUAUGUAAAGUAUAUGACAUUCGUACUUAUACUUUUCUGUUUUGGUAAGACAUGUGAUUGGUCGAGUGAAGACUGGAUGAACCCGAAACAAGUUCGUAUAAGUCUACCCUCUCAUUCACUGUCGUAUCCCCUCUGCUGGCAUAGCUUAACCGAGUUGGGCCUGGUCGCCUGUUCGUGACCUCUGCCACUAAUAAGGAGCGUCUUUGCUUCGGGGGGCGGUGGAACGGUGUGUGUGCGCGUCCAUUCCCGUCCUUAAACGUAUACUUAUAUUUACUAUACUUAUAGAAUGGCUGAAGAUGAGAACUUCCAGUGUGGCAAAUGCUCAAAAAGCCUGAUUGGACAACGAUACAUCCUCAACGCGGAGGUGCCCUAUUGCAUCGAAUGCUACGACGCUAACUUCACAAAUGUGUGCGCUGCUUGCGGCGAAAGAAUCACCUCAUCCUCCAAGGUAAGUCCAAUUUCCGGUUUUCAAAAUCAUCCCCCCAACUAAAAUUCCCCAAAAUUCACUUGACACAAUUGUGAAAAACCCUGCGGCCUCGGUGGGAUAAGAACGCACGACAGCAUUAGGAGAACUUGCGUACAGUCGGCGCCUUAAUCACCUGAUCUAAGAAGCCUCAACAUGGGCCGUGAGUUUAAUCACAUUUUGGCCUAGCCACCCACUCAACCUACUGCAACGUACUGAAUCUACCAAUUCUGAUACAGUAAGCUGACUGCCCAAGUGGGAUUUCGUAAUUAAUCGACCUAGAAUUCAGGAGAUGAUUAACGGGUCCAUUUAAUUAAUUGGUUUCCUUGCCAACUGGCGACUUUCAGACGUUUAAGUUGACUGCCUUUAAAAAGAGAAGUGUUUUGUGGGUUUUGAAACUUACAAUAAUGAUAGCACGAGGAGAUUUCCGGUGAAUGGCCUACCAUGCUGAUGCAAACACUCCCAAGUCAGUAAUACUUAAAAACCAAAAAGGAUAGAUGGAGACAAAAUUUUUUAAUGUAACCGGAUGAGCUGCAACUCGGGAAAAAGGAUUUUUAGGUGGUUAAACACUUCAGAAUACUUUGGAAAUAUAUUUCUCUACAUAUAGUAACUCUGGUCAAAGUUCGAUUCCAGCUGCGUUACCGAAUUCUGCAUUAGAUCAAUAUUAUUCGACUUCCUUCCGAUGUGGGGUGGCUAACAUAGUUUUGUCUCACAUACAACGAUCUGUCCGAACUCAGCCGUCGGAGACUCAUGACUAAAAAGUAAACCGGCCUCUGAAGGCCUUUGAGCACACGGAUUGUGAUCAAAAAAGGGCCUGAACGUUUUGUACGUUCUAAGGCACCAAAUGUACCCAAUGAGUUGAUAUAACCGGCGUACUGAUGUAUGUUUAGGGUUAGAGUGUCAGAUGUUUAGGAGUUGUUUAACCUAAGUAUAGUAUGCCAAUUUCUGGGUUGCUAAUACUCCGCCUUAGAAGUAUUAUUGACUCGUACAAUUCUAGGAAUGGAGAGGGUGUCCGGCGUACUUUUUCUAUGCGGCCUAGAUUUUGCUAAAAAUAUUUUCCUAAGCCGCAAAAUGUUACUGUUUUUACUGCUGUUUUGAGACUUUUGUGGCACUUUAGAAUUGCAGCGGGGAUGUUGACUUGAAAAUCUCUUUUUAGUUGGUUGAUCAUAGAACGAAGAGAUAGGUCGAUUUGAAUAAAGUGAACUCUGUUGUCGGUUCGUCAGUAAUGAGAAAUCGGUCGGAUUUCAUUUCGUUGCCGUACCUGCAGUAGAAAAGCUCCAGUCCCUAUCCCCUAACCUUAAUCUAACCUUAAACAUCAGCCCCUAACUCUCAAUCCCUAACCCCUACCCCUAACCCUGAACCCUAAAAACUGCGGCUACAAAAUAGGAUCUCGCCGAGAAGUCAUAUCAAAAGGGGAGCGAUAUGCUAGUCGACACAUUUUAAACGGCUUCCUCAACUUGACUUGACCAAGACGUAUGGUUAUUUUAUUUAUCGAAUAAAUUUCUUCAUUGAAUACACAACUUUCCGAAACUUUUCGUCCAAAGCAUAAACCUUCGAGGUAGACAUAAACAAGCAAAUAACCCGAUAAGACAAACUCUGUCAGGCAUUUUGAUUUCGGACUUACCUAUUAAAUCAAAAGGCCGCAUCCACUCAACUCAUAUCGGUUUCCGGCGUUUGCACCUAGUCGCCGCGGCCACGAUGACAGGACUCUGUAUCGCUACUUUGCCUCUUGAGUGCUCGACGAGUAUAUGUGCCCCUCGAGCAGACGUUCCUCCAGUUAGAUUACCCCUGUUUGAAAAUGCCUGCUUCCGCUCACGGCGAUGCUGCAUGAACCGCAGUUACUUUUCUUCUCUCUCUUCAGGACCUCUCCUUCCAGGACAAGCACUGGCAUGAGGCCUGUUUCUUGUGCAGUCAGUGCCAGAAGAGCCUGUCGGACAAGCCGUUCGCCACCAAGGAUAAUGGCAUCUACUGCCCAGACUGCUACGAUGAGAAGUUCGCUGCCCGCUGUGAUGCCUGCGGCAAGACCUUCAAGGCAGCCAUGCGCAAGUACGAGUACAAAGGCGGGGCCUGGCAUGAGGAGUGUUUCCUCUGCAGCGAGUGCAAGCAACCCAUAGGGACAAAGAGUUUCAUUCCUCGCGGCGACGCCAUCGUCUGCAUUGCCUGCUAUGAGGACAAAUUUGCCCAGAAGUGCGAGAAGUGUAAGCAGGUACAGGACAGUCUUUGUAGUUCUUUCCAGAUCCAGACCUGCAUUCCUUCUGGGGUUCCAGUUUAUUCCCGCCGCCGAUGUGGUGUAAACUCGCAACGACUGCUUAUACGGUUCCAUGUAGGUGCUAGUGGUCAAGAUUACGCAUCCAUGCCAUGCGUUAGCACUUCCGCUGGUUGAAGUAAUUGACCGAGGCUGAGAGGUUGUUUGAGACUGUAACAUCACCCAGCUGUGGGGCUAUCAGAUUAUACAAUUUCUGUAAUGAUCCACAGCCUCAGUUUAUUUGGGGAAACUCAUAUUGAGGCUACAUAUUUGAGAAUACUCCACGGGUUCCUCUUCCGUCAGUCAACUUAGCUCGAAUGUACAGUAGGUGAGCUAACUCAAGAAAUGUCAACCGAAAUUUCGGAAUCGUGUUCGUUUCGAAAAGACUAAUUAAGUAGGGUUGUAAAAUUAAUCAGCCCGCAGUAAAAUUCUAUAAUAAUUCAGUAACCUCAGGAUGCCGGUCUUCGAACGAACGUGCUCCGGCUGCAUACAUAAACCAUACUUUGUAAAAAAUGACUAGUUAUGUAGCAUGCUAUUUUCUCAUUGAUUUUUGAUGCCCCUAAAUGUCCAAUUAUAUUUCAUGGAAAACAUGCAUAAAAAUAUUCAUUCUUCCGCUCAUUCGGUAGCAAAUCACGUCUUCUUCCAAUUUUAUACUCGAAAGAAGGACAUAACACGGUUUUCAAAAACUCUUCCCAUUCCCGGCUAAUUUCGAACCCACUGUGCCGUCACACUUACAUUCAUGGAUCCAAAACUACAAGCCACAUAUUUUCUGCGUGCAAAAACAUACAUUUCACUACGGUAUUAUGAGGAGACCAUAUGGAAUUCAUAAAAUUUGGCAUUGGAUUUGAUCCAUAUUGUUAGCUUUACAAGCCACAUUGGUAAAUGCAGAGACAUUACGUUUUGUGAACGGCCAUACAACGGUAUUUAAAAGUCUCACAAAUAGAAACUUUUUGAAACCAACUUUUGUCCCUCCGAGUACAAAAUUGAAAGAAAACGUAAUUUUCUACCGAAUGAGCGAGCGAACAAAUAUUUUUAUGCAUGUUUUUCAUGAAAUAUAAUUGGACAUUUAGGGCCAUCGAAAAUCAAUGCGAAAAAUACAGGCUACAUAAGUAGUCAUUUUUUACAAAGUAUGGUUUAUGUAUGCAACCGGAAGGACGUUCGUUCGAAAGCCGGCAUCCUGAGGUAACUAAAUUAUUACAGAAGUUUACUGCAGACUGAUUAGUUUUAAAACGCUACUUAAUUAAUCUUUUCGAAACGAAAGCGCAUUUCGGGAUUUCGGUUGACAUUUCAUGAGUUAGCCCACCUCCUGUAGGUGGCCCCAGGGGGAUUUAAAAUGUCGUGCAGGACUCCUGAACCCCAAUUCCUGCCCCUGAGGAACGAGAAUUCAGUGUCCGGUCGUAUGCCAUAAGGCACGCUACACAUUGUAGGAUUACGGGCCAGAUCACUGCUCACAACACCCCCUGGUGGGCUGGGAGGUCGAAUUGGGCUAAGCGUCAGCGGACACAGAAAAGUUUGCAAUAGGACCGCAGUAUGUGGAAUUAUGAACCCGGCAUCAAAAUUCCUAGGGCAGACUGAGUGCAGAUAGGAGGAUGUCGCUGACACGAGCCUCUACCUUUGGUUCCAAUUAGCCAAGUGUUUCUUCAGUUGUGAAGAACUUUUGGGGUCAAAAAGAGGAGACCUCUGUCCAUUUUUUAUCUGACUCUAACUUCUGGAAUCGGCAGUAAAAUAUUAAUGGUAGGAGUGUCACUGCUGACAGGGAAGAUUCCCCCUGCUAAAUUUCCCAGAAUUAUAAUACUCCGUCCUAUAGAGUACAAUGUAUUCAAUUUUCAAAUGUGCAAGCCGAAACUCAGUCGCUCAUUCAGUCAGUUGACCAACAGAAUGCAACCUGAUGGGACACUUGAACUGUGUUUUCCUUCGAGUUAAAAUUCUCAACAUCUCACAUCCCUUUGAACUCUACAAAGUCUUUCAGAGAGCCAAAUGACUGUCUCAGGUAAACAAACUACAAGCAAGGGGGAUGUUAGGAGAUUUUCAUGAAAAACAGAGGGACGCCGAACCUCCCUGCGACUGCUCAACCCUUAUAGGACAAGACUUUUAUGUCGUUAAGGCCUGUCUUCUCCAGCUGUCUUGGAGAUAAUUCUGCAAGAUUAGAUUACCGGGUAAUUAGCACAGAUAUCUAUGACUGAGACUGUUUAGAAGAAUUAAUCAGUAAUUGGAAGUUGUGAUUUUUAUAUUGUCGGCAUAGCCUGACUGGCGCAUUACAUGAAGGGAGUAAAGACGAGGGAAUAGGCGGGCACCAUAGCGACAGUCAGAUUAUCGGAGGGAGAACGUCGGUAACUAAUAAAUUAGGUAAAGUCGACAUGGAUUUCCUCUUUCCCGCGCUGAAGUGGAAGAUGCAGGAAACACAAACCAUGUCACUUCUAAAUCAACAUAGCACAAAUGAGAAGUAAAGCAGACGACUGGUUUCCUCCUAGUCACCAUUGCGGACCGGUUUUCAAUCCUGUUUCAACUGGCUGAGAUCAGAUAAUUGAAGUGAAGAACAUUAAAAGUAUUUACCUUUAAUGACUCCUUCCUUCUGCUUGUCUCACUCUUUACACAACUAUUUUUGCACUCUGUAAAGCCUUGCCGACUAGAGCGUGUUUCAUAAAGAUUGAAGGAUGAAUCAUACUAGUAACCCAGACACACCAGUUUCGCCGACCUUGUGCCACUAGCGCGGGGGACUCUGCACAUCGGGGCAUCCACCGGAGGUCCCUGUGUUCUCCAGUUUCCAUGCCGCCUUGUUUAAUUUCCGGGUAAAAUUAGUGCGCGAACGCUAAGCAAAUCCGGAUAUGAGAACAGGAGCCGCCUGUAUGCGCUGAUGUGUGUCUGCUGGUUGGGCUCGAGAGAAAUCUCAUAAGGCACAACGGAACGACUGUGUUCCGUAAGAACGAUCGGUGAGCGCCCAUUUACCACUGUAUAUUCCCGAUCGAAAACCACAAGACAACGAGUCUGUGGCUCAGUGGUAAGGGUCGUUGGACUUCUAACUGACAGGUCGCGAGUUCGAGCCUCGGGUGUUCCACACUUCGGGGUUGGGUAUGACUGGCGUACAACGGGUAAUAAGCCAGAAAUGCCCAUUCCAGUCUCGCUUGUCUUUGUCGGUAAUACCACUCUGCCUAUAUCAUGCGCCGCUGUGCGUUGUGUGAGACGACAAACUAUCCUUACCUUCUCCGCAUGGAAUAGAGUUAGUGAGGAAUAUUAUUUGACAGAAUGGUAUUACCAACAAAUACAAGGCAGACUUUGGCGGUAAUACCAUUCUGCCUAUAUCAUGCGCCGCUGUGUGGCUGCUGGUUGGGCUCGAGAGAGAGCCCGUAAGACACAACGGCACGAGUGAGUUCCGUUCGUUCUGAUCGGUGAGCGUCCCUCUACCAUUGUAGCUUCUUUGUAUCAACUUCUAGUGAAAUUAAGGUUAGGUUUAAGGUGAGGGCUAGGGUUGAGUUAAGGACUGGGUUUAACGUUAAAUUUAAAGUCAGCGGCGAUGUAAAACAAAACCAAGGUUUACGUUAGGCAUUAGUGGUAACUGUAGACGUGAGGAUUGGGAUUGGGUUAGGGUGAAGAUUAGGGCAACGGUUUAGUUUUAUACUGGAAUUAUUGAUGGGGUUAGGACACGUGAAUAUUUUGUCCUUUCUAGAGUUAUGCGUAGGUCCACCUUUAUUAGUUGAGAGAAACGUUCCUAUUUCCGAGUACUGUUUAGACGUCGAUAUAAGUCAGUCCCGCCGUCAUUCCUUCAGAAUAAACCAAUUUUCCGGCUCGGUCCGGAAGUUGAUAUUAGUAUUUCGGACCGGGUCUGGAAAAGCUUCGAUCUGAAGGAAAUAAACCACAUUCGCUCAUUAAUUUCCUCAGGAAUUAGACACUGUACACAAAAGUCUUUUGUAAUGCCACUUCUGGAAAAAUGGUGUUGUUGGUGUUGGUGCAGGGCGGAGAACUGAGAAAAUGAGACCGACCUUGGGAAAUCCAUUUCCACGACAGAUGAGCACAUUGCCUACUAUUAUGAAUCAAACGCGCCUGAAUACACAACAACGCGAUAUCAGUCGUGCCAACUUACAUUACUUGGUCCUUUUCGGGAUCGGGGCUCAGUCUGCAAUGGCUUCUUCUAGUCAGCUCAUAUCGUAGUCCGUAACGGGACCAUGUCGUGAGUGGCACGCUUAGAGUGGUCGCUUAGCUGUGUCAGACCCUGAGCUCUAACCCGUCGCCGAUUGUUCCGACCCUGUUUUGCUGUUGAACUCAGACGAUCGGGGCGGGCAAGAGGGCGGUAGAUGCUGCGCAAGUGUGCCUCAUUUCAAGCCCAUUCGUGCGCGCAAUUCGCUGACGUUACGCCCAAUCCGGGAAGCCUGCACCGGACGUCGUUGACUGAGGUUAACGAGCUGUCGUGGCCCUGUUUGAGCUUGCAGUGUGUCAAAUAACGUGUCGAUCGUAGAGUUCAUGUUGCCAGUGAGGAUUUUGCGGAUCCAUAUAGGCUAAUCUGCACCACUGACGGGACAGAAGACCUAUAUCAUGCCAUGAAGUAGACAUAUUGUUAGGUUUGUUACUGGUUACCCUUUCUAUCGACGACACCGUCUCUUGCUUGCUUGUGGGCGCCCGCGCAGUGUUAUUAAGUAAGCCCGAAGGGAAGUUGCCUGGCUAGACUUCGACUACUAUUCACGUCCGAGGCAGACUUAAUUCUGCGGGCCUUUAUCAGUGGAUAAAAAACAUACCCCCGUGCUAGGGAACGUUCGCUCAUUUCACCACUGUCCCCAUGAUGCCCAACAUCCCUAAUAUUUAGAACCAGUCUUGCACCAGUCAAACUUCCCAUUCUUCUGCGCCACCUUCUUGCUCGGAUGAUACUACUCACUAUUUUCAUCCGCCAGGUGAUUAACAAGGGAGGCAUCACGUACAAGGGCCAGCCCUGGCACAAGGAAUGUUUCCUCUGCGCCAAGUGUGGCGGACAACUGGCAGGACAGAAAUUCACCUCCAAGGACAAUGCAAUCUACUGUGCUGACUGCUACUCGGAACUUUUCGCAAAGAGAUGCAAUCACUGUUCAAAACCCAUCAGCGGUGAGUCUUUUGAUCUCAAAAUCACUCUUAGAAUGCGGCGCGCGCGGUCUCAAGAGGCAGAUGGAAAUGGGGUUGAGAUAGAGGAACAUACAGUUCUUCGAGGGCAGGGAAUCGUGUGAAGGCUCAGUUAAGGACUCCUGUUGGAUCAACAGAGGUCGGAAUAGGCGUACAGUGUGGGCUGAAACUCACGGCGAUGUCACAUGUGUCUAUGGCUGAUCGAUAAAAGGCGUGCCUUUACAGUGAUCGAGCUCCUUGUCUCCAUCGAUACUUUUCAGGCUCUAUCGAAGAAGUCACUCCUGAACAAGAUAAAUAUUUUUGCAAUGAUAUUGGGUGAUCCUCAACCACACUUUUUAUGGAAGAACAGAAAAAGCAGCGUUGCUCUUAUAUCAUCUAAAACGAUAUUCAACCUUUCUACUAGUGCUCAAAAAGUCUAGUAUAUCAGAGUAUUUUUGAAUUAUACAAGUAUACGCAAACAAGAAUAGGUGCACACCAAUCUGUUGGCCGCCGAAGGAGACAAGCCCGGACAGUGUUUCAAAACUCACAAUCAGACAAAUUUGGUCAAUCUGCGAUAACAGGAGAAGAGAUGUUGGCAGAAAUGUGAGCAGAUUGGCGCAGAAUCAUCUCAGGCUUCUUCCGUCCUCAUUCAGUCGGUCAUAACCAUGACCAUCUUCUGAAACCAAAAACACAAAGACAUGCGCACAUAACCGGCUUAGAGAUCUGUCAGACGCGCCACAAGUAAUUCACCGAAAUGAAGUUUAUCAGCGCCUCACCGCUUGGCAUUCUCUCUCUCGCAGCAUAUGGAUAUUUAUUCAUUCAGCGGUGGAAGUGUACUGAUCCACUGGCUCUGUGAGACAAACAAGAUUCGACUGAGUGGCAGAAGUCAUGAGUGAGCAAGCAUAUCUCAGGCCGAGCUCGGCAGUGUUGGGAUAGCUGAGGAGAUUGCGAAAGUGAUGCGGUCAGAAUUGUGCAAGGUUUUUCUGGCUUAUUUUGCCUUCAUUAAGUCAACCAUAACCCCGGCUAAUAUGAAUAGCCGAAGACAAUGUCUUUAUGCACACAUAUAUGUUGAAAAACAGGCAUCCCAAAAAAAUAUAAUUAUAAAGGUGAAGUUCUUUGGGAAACAGCAAAGGUGAUUGUGUAAAUUUUUGAGAAUUAUUCCCCAGCUCGUCUUCAGACAACGGGAGUGCAAAAACAAUUAACUUCUAUUUAACUUCAAUUAACUUCUAUGGGUUCACCCAUAUCCGGUUUCCUGGCAGAGGCAGUACUACAUAAAAUAGAGAGCACAGCGCUUCCCACAGUCAACCCAAAACUUUGGCACUUUUGUCAUCGUCAAGAAAGGUUAAUUGAAUCUGCUCCAUACCCAUAUUAACUCCAUAUUUCCAGGACUUACAUUUACUUUCGAAACAGAGGUCUAUGGACAACUCCCAUUCCUGGAUGUCCUGGUACGCCGAAAAACCGAUGGAUCACUUCAGACAUCAGUUUAUCGCAAAGAGGCGUAUUCAGAGGUCAUCCUACACUUUGAGAGUAACCACCCUGUCUCUCACAAACAGAGUACAGUCUACAGCCUUCUGAAUCGAGCCAAAACUCACGGCUCUGAUGAAACAAGUUAUCGAGCAGAAAUUAAAUACCUCUACAAACUGUUCUCCCAAAAUGGGUACCCGCAUGACUUUAUUCGUCAAUGCAUGGGGCACCAGCAACUCAAGGGAAAAGGGAUUUCCAAUGCUACGGCCGCUCAGGCACCAAAACCAAUCAUAUGGCGAACUCUCCCAUGCGUUAAAAAUGUAUCUGAACUUGUCGAAAGACAAUUGAAAAACUACCAGAUACACUUAGAACACCAGCCGGCAACUACCUUACGCACGCAACUUGUACACCCUAAGGACAGGGUUGGCUACCUCGAAAGAAGAGGUGUUGUCUACAAAAUCCCAUGUUCUAGUUGUGAUGCCGUUUAUUGUGGCCAAACUGGGAAAUCUGUCUCAACCCGUAUACGUGAGCAUCAGUUAGCGGUGAAGGGACGCGACCAUCUCUCCCAGGAGGCCAUGCACACACUGGACACUGGGCACAAAUUUGCAUGGGAAAACACUCGCGCUGUUGGCGCCUGCCCAUCAAGGAAAGGCCGCCAAUUCCUGGAGGCAAUGCACUCAGAUGAGGCAUGCAUCAACCGGCAUAUCGAUUUAGAUGCCACAUACAAAAUCGUUAAGGACAGAUUCAAAGUGACUCAACUAAUCCCGAGAUGAUGAUCUUAACCAAUCAUAGAAUCCUUUUGCCAGAAUCGGUCUAGAAGUUAAUUAUUUUUGUACGCCCGUUGUCGGAAGACGAGCUGGGGAACCAGCCUUGAAAAUUUACACAAUAAACUUUGUUGUUUCCCAAAGAACUUCACCCUUCUAACACAUAUGUAUAUAUUCAAUCAGGAGCGGUAGACCUACGUGGUGGAAUAACUGCACCAGGUUCGUCUGUGCGCAUGUUUGUGUUUCUGGUCCCAGCUGCUGGUCAGGGAAAAAUAGGCCCAAAACAGUACUGUAUUAAGUUUAUCCUCACUCUCUGUCCUCUCUUCUUGACGCAUAUAUGUAUACAGUAGAUGGGCUAACUCAAGAAAUAUUGACAAAAAUUCUGAGAUGCGUUUUCCGUUCAAAAAGAACACUUAGACAGGGUUGCAAUAAUAAUCACCGUGCAGCAUGACCCAAUAAUAAUUCUGUUAUUCCAGGACGCCAGCUUUCAAACAAACUUCUCUCUGGUAGCCUGCAAAAAUCACAGUUGGCAAAAAUGGCCACCUAAGUGCCAUGAAAAUUUCCCGUUGAUUUUCGAUGUCUUUAUAAAUUCAGAUAUAUUGCACGGAAACCAUGCCUAAAAAUAUUCAUUCUUUUGCUUAUUUGGUAGAGAAUUACGUCUUCUUAAAAUUUUAUACUUAAAGGAAGCAUACGAGUCAGAUUUGAUAGACUUUUCCAAUUCCUGAAUUUUUUGAUACCAUCAUGCCGCUAUACUUUCCAAACCACAAGACUUGUAUUUUCCGCGUACGAAAGAUCACACAUUUGCCUACGUUAUUAAGAGGAGACCGUAUAGGAAUUUACAAAAUGUAUCCGUAUAUUUGAGUAUAUUGUAAAUUUUGCAAGCAACAUUAGUAAAUGCAGAGACAUGGUGUUUUGUGAACGGGUAUUAUACGGUCCUAAAAAUAUCCUAAUUAAGGACCUUUUAAAACCGAUUAUGUCCUUAUCUUAAGUAAGAAGUUAAAGAUAUGAUUCCUUACCCGAUGAGCAAAGGGAUGAAUAUUUUUAUGCAUGCCUUCUAUGAAAUAAAUUUGAAUUUAUAAGGACAUCGAAUAUCAACGAGAAACAUUCAUGUUAAUCAGGACGCCAAUUUUUACAAAGUGCAGUUUAGCAGGCAGCCGAAAAGAGGUUCGUUCAAAAGCCAGCGUCCUGUAGUAAUGGAAUUAUUAUGAAACGAUGCUGCAUGACAAUUGGUAUUACGGCCUUGCUUAAGUAUUCUUUUUAGUGGGAAACACCUUCCAGAAUUUCGGUUAACAUUUCAUGAGACAGCACGUCUAUCAUCUACAUACAUGACAUGAAGAGGCGAUCUCGAGAACCAUAGUUAUAUUGUCCUGACGUUUCAAAAGCAAACAAGCUUUCAUCAUCGGAAGUGAGUGUUGUACCUCGCCUCACAGUAUUUAUAGGCGGUGACGAUCUUGUUACAACGGGUUUACGUCUAUUCGGGAGCCGUCGUUCGGACGCUAGCUGUCACCGCACGUGCUUGUAUUAAUCUUAGCUCUCUUCCUCUGCUGGUAAUCUCCUUCACCACCCCGCAGCCACUUGAGUUCUCACCUGCCGCAUGAGUGGCAGUGACUAUUACACCCUCAUCGGGUCCGUUAGCGUUACUGCGAUCGUUCGUUUUCACACCCGCCGGAUAAUUGGAGGACGCGGCUGUAGUGACGAUCGCACCUUCGUCAGGCUCGGGUUGUAGUACAGGUGCGAGUGUGUCCUCAAUGGACUAGGCCGUAUUUGGGUUUCUGUCUUCUGCCUCUGCUCUUCUGUUCACUGAGCUGUCGAUUACUAGUCGUUAUACGACUGCCUGUUAGGGACCUAGAUUGAAUCCCUAGGCGCGACGGAACAAUCACGCCCCUUAACUUGAUCAGUGAACCCUCAUCCCAUGAUAUACACAUAUAUAUUACAUACGAUAAGAUCCGGUUAAUUGGACUAUCAUUUAUGUGGAUGGGAAGAAUCUCCUGCCACUUUUUGAAGAAAUGAAACAGAUCGUUUAUACCAUCCUUAUUUCUCUCCUGCUAAUUGGGGACCUUAUGCACGUAUAUGGGUUGGUUUUUGUUCCAAGUCAGUAACGGAGAGACAAUGUUGGAUGAAUAGUCAGCAUUUUGACAGCUAGAGGAAUGGUUUGAUGGUCGAGAGCUUGGCAAAGUAGCUGGUCUGCCUGUUGUUCACAUGUCAUUCGACAAAUCAACUUCUACGUUGAGGGCGGCUGAAAAUGAGGGAAACUGCGAGCGGGGAAACAAGUCUACGGAUCCAGGCAACUACGGACAAUAUGUUGUUUACUGGCUUGCCCAAGCUGAUGUCGAUCGGUCGGUCUAAUCGCCUGUUCCUGCCACACUCUUGCAUGCAAAUAGCACGGAAAGUUAGGACAUAACAUUGCACGUCAAAGUUGCCGUGGUGGACCGAAGAUCAUGCCAACAUCUCUACACUAAUAAUCGUCAGCUGCUGGCAAAAUAGGUAUGCCACGGUCUACAAUUACAGGGAUGGUACGCAGGAGGACAAAUAAUGAAACUAAAAACACCUGAAAAUCGCUCCUGGAUUUCGAAACUGAACGAAUUGUCUGUAGGAAGUAAUACACGUAUUCAUUAUCCAGUGAGCCUAAAGUUCGCAACUUGCUCCAAUCCCUUCACUAACCGCAGUUUCACUUUAAGGUCACUGGACCUGGUCGUAGUCCACCGAAAUUUCAAGCGUUUUGGUACAUUCUGAAAAAACCUUUACCUGAGCUGUCUAUUAAAACAGGUGGAUUAAUUACACGACUGUUGAAUUCCAGCAUUAGACCUUAAAUUUUGGUUAAAAUUCCGGUUAGACAGGAGCAUAUGAAACCCUAUUACGGAAGGCCUUGCCCUAAAGCCCAGGGUUCGUGUUAGAACGACCAAGAUUACCACUACAGCGGGUGGGCUAACUCAUGAAAUGUCAACCGAAAUUCCGAAAUGCGUUUCCGUUUCGAAAAGAUUAAAAAAAUAAAAUUGUAGAACUGAUCAUCAUGCAGCAUAGGUCUAUGAUAAUUCAGUUACAUCAGGAUGCCAGCCUUCGAACGAAAUUCUUUCCAUCUGCGUGCAAAAACUAUAUCCUGCAAAAAAUGACUACUUCAGUGGCAUGCAUUUUUCUCAAUGAUUUUCGGUACCCCUAUAAAUUCAAAUAUAUUUAGUGACAAACAUGCAUGAAAAUAUUCACUCCCCUGCAAAUUCGGUAGAAAAUGACGUCUUCUGCCAAUUUUACACUCAUAGGGAGGGUAUAAUUUGCUUAUAAAAAGUUUCUAAUUAUGGGAAUUUUAAUACCGUGAAAUGGCCGUUCAUAAAACCUCAUGUCUUUGCAUUUGCCAAUAUGGCUGGUAAAUUUAACAAUAUGGCUCAUAUCCACUGCUAAAUUUCAUGAACUCCAUAUAGUCUCAUCUUAAUACUAUAGAGAAAUGUAUGGUUUUCCGUACGCAGAAAAUAUGCGGUUUGUAGUUUGGGAACCCCGAACGCAAAUGUAACGGCAUCUCGGGUUCAAAAUUAUUCGGGAAUCGGAAAAGUUUCUGAAUACCGGAUAAGACCCUUCCUUUGAGUAUGAAACUGGAGGAAGAAGUAAUAUUCUACCGAAUGAGCAAAAGAUUGGAUAUUUUUGUACAUGUUUCUUAUGAAAUAUAUUUGAAUUUUUAACAGCAUCAAAAAUGAAUGAGAAAACUGCAUGCUGCAUUAGUAGUCAUUUUUUAUAGCGCGUAGUGUUUGCAUGCAGCCGGGAAGACUUUCGUUCGAAAGCCGACAACCUGAGGUAACCGAUAAAUUAUAGACUUAUGCUGCACGAUAAUCAACUUUACGAUCCUAAUUUAUUAAUCCUUUUGAAAUGAAAACGUAUUUCGGAAUUUCUAUUGACAUUUUAUGAGUUAGCCCAUCUACUAUUGGUUUAGUAUUAGGAAUAGGCCCAUGGCAGGUAGCGUUGCUGGUAGUGGUAGACACCGGUAGAUGCGGGCUCACCGAUUGCGUUAAAAGACACACUCGUCCUGUCUAGUGCCACAGAUCACAGUCCCAAGCCCUGUCAGCAGCCCCGCGAGGGUUAGUAAUAUAGACAUAAUAGCCUUACCGAAAAUGACAGGGGAAACUGGAGUGUCCAGCCCUGGCGGAGCUUGAGAUUGUGCCCCAAAGUACAACGGGACGCGUAUGUCCUGUAACACACCCUUCCACCGUUGCUAGUCUAUCUGAUCGCGACCCACAAGACGCCAAGGCCGUGGCUCAAUGCCCAGGGUGUUGGAUUUCUAAACAACAGGUCGCAGGGUCAAACGUCGAGAGUAACCCAAACUCUGGGGCUUGUGUGUAGCUGGCGGAUCGCGACUAGCAAUUCAAAACAACGAAUUCCAGUCCCCAUUGUCUUUGUAAGUAGUGUUGGAAGAGAUCCAUAGUCCCCUAUCCGACCCGAAUUACAAGUUACAUAGUUUCUGCCAAAAAGUGUAUGCUUUUGGAUGGAUAGAAAUGCGACGCAGUAGAUUUGGCCUAGUUCAGUGGGGAGAUGUGUCAGUACCGAAUGCUAGGACCUGGUCUGAUUUGCAUGCGUCUACACAGUGAACAUUAUGCCUGCUGACGUGUUUGUUUGCAUAGCAAAUCGAAGGUUUACUGACGGUUAGUCAAUGCCUACGACUGCUUGAUGUAAUCUGGCGUCCUUACUUGGCAUUAAUUCCUCCCUCGGUAUUUUCCUGAAGUCAUUAAGAAUUUAUGUAAAAAAUUACAUGAUACUUACACAGUCCUAUCCUACUAUCAAAAUUUGUGGCGUAUCAGAUCAAGAACCCGGUAUAUAAUUUAAGUAAUCUGGAAGGGAAUUGCUGCUAUUAGCAGUGCCGUCAUUGCAGAAUAUGUCUGUCUCUUAGCUCGUAAAACGACCUCUGCUUUUAUUGUUGAUUUAUGCCUCAUAGAAGCGAGUUUUCAUUUACACAUCUAUCAGGUCUAAAAUAUUCGGCUAACCUCACCCUUGUCAUGCUCCAGCAUUUUAUUGAAACUGGCAGCUACCUCAUUCAGGUUCUUAAGUUACUUAAAAUGAAUCGUUCUAAGCGAUGAAGAAGAAGAAGAAGAAGAAGAAGAAGAAGAAGAAGAAGAAGCAGAAGAGAGGUCGAGCACCGGAACAUUUUGUUUAUGGUCCUAGGCUUCUGAACUCCUGCGGGAGCCCAUUGUCAGAAACGGUAGCAGCAACAGAACGAGCGACAUUUAUAAGGCAUGUAAGCCAAUCACUGACCGGAGGAAUGAGCACGUGAGGCACGUUAUCUCAAAAAUGGCUUUUCGAGGGCAUUCAUAAGUCGCUGCCGACGCGAUCGCCCCCAGAGUACUCAAACAUCAGCACCAUCAACGAUAUGGCUUUCUAUGCUAUACAUUAAGGACGUUUCAGAAGCAACCGAGCGAAUUGUUGCAGAGUUGUUUUGGAAUUGCACACCGCCCUAAAACCACUAUGGGCCGGUUAAAACCUGAAGAGCAAUCUGCAGUGAUGUAUCGCAUGUCAUGCCAAAACUGUCCUCGUAACUGCACAGGCCAGGCUGAACGACGAGGCUGUGCGAAGAGGUGACGCACACCUACGAACUGAGUCAUGAGUUUAACUUCGAAGCCACCAAAAUAAUUGCCCACGCCGGCAACAAAGUAGGCCAGGAAUCGAUGGAGGCCUGGGCCUCGGAUGAGAACUCUGUCAAUCGAUUUAUCGAUCUGGCGCCGGCAUACAGAACCCUGCGCGGUCACCUCCGGUCUUGCGCCGUCGAUCAACGAUUGGCUAACACGCUCUAUAACUGUCAUUUGUUCUAUUGUUGCUACUAUCUCUAACGAUGGACUCCUGCACGAGUUCGGGCGCUCAGUACAAUGAACAUAAUGUUCCGGUGCUCGACUCCACCCCUUCUCCUUCUUUUUCUUUUUCUUCUUCUUCUUCUUCAAUUAUGCAUACACCUGUAACUCGAAAUUUUGCCUUCAUGCAUGAAUAAUCACUAUCGUAUGACGCGGACCGUGUGAUCUAUCACCGACUACUUGAUACUUAUUGUAUAAUCUGUUAUUAAUGCACCGACGAGUUGUGGGACUUAGAAUUCCAUAUAUAGAAAGGUGGAAGAAGAGUUCCCUCUUUUCUAAUUGCUUGUUAGUCCUGCUAGGUGAUAAACACUGUAAAACGGCUUUUACCGUUGCCUAUUCAUUCGACUGUCUUUCAACUAUUAACAACGUGAUGGCAUUUGAUUUAAAAAGAGGCUGACCACUUUUAUUUGUUCUUCCUCUCCAAUUUUCUCUUAGGCUUCGGUGGCUGCAAAUUCAUUACUUUUGAAGACAAGAAUUGGCACUCGGAAUGCUUCAACUGUAACAAAUGCCAGUGCAGUCUCGUUGGUCGUGGUUUCUUAGUGGAAGAUGGUGCGGUCGUUUGUCCAGACUGCAGUGCUUAG